UAAAUUCCCACAGCAAUGCAGAUUGAAUCUGAAACCUACAGACAUGCCAAUCUGGGUAUUGAUUUGAAGAAGUAUCCCAUUGAUAACCUGAACACACCAGAAGCUCGUGAACUAAUAGAGCGUUCCAGAAAAGCGCUGAAAGAAACAGGCUGUGCCAGUUACCCCGGAUUUCUUACUGAGGAAGCAACACGUAUUUGUGCUCACGAGGCAGCUAUUAAAUCUGAACAUGCAUUCGUUACUGAUAAAGGUCACACAGCAUUCCAACGUCCGGCAGAUAGUAGUGAGCCACGUGCUAAUCAUGUGCGCAAUACGUUUAUGAGUACACAGGUAGCCUCCACUGCGUACGAUGAAUUGGAUACGAAAGGCGCUCUGCGGAAACUGUACGAGAGCGACAGUCUCCUGCACUUUGUCAAUGCAGUGAUCGGCCGUGACAACUCCACCGAGCCCUUGUACCACCUGUCGGACCAGCUGGGUGCAUGUUCCAUCAAUGUCUUCCGUGAGGGCUGGAGCCAUGCCUGGCACUUUGACGAGAGCGAGUUCACAACUACACUAUCUCUGCAGACGGCCGAGAGAGGGGGCGUGUUUGAGUACACUAACCGCCUGCGCGACACACAGGAGAUGAGCGAAGACGUGGACAAGCAAGUCGCCGCUGUGCUGAAUAAACACUCCAAGUUUAAAGUCGAGCCAGUGGAUGCAGACACAAAGGUUCCAGAGAUCUACACAGCCCCUUUCGAGCCCGGAACACUACAGAUCUUUGCCGGACGUUAUUCGUUCCACCGAGUGACUGAGACCGAGGGCGAAAGAGAGCGUUUGGUGGCCGUUAUGUGCUUUGCAGAUAAGCCUGGCAAGUGUAACUCCAAAGAAGUGCAGGAGAUGUUCUGGGGUCGCACCUAUCAGUAGAGUGUUGGCUGCUGCUGAUGCACAGUUCUUUCUUUAGGGAAAACACCAAAGAUUACUUUUUAAAGUAAAGCACAUCAAACCCAAG